UAUGCGCUGUCCUUCACGAGAAACAGAAGAGAGAGAGCAAGCAAGCGAUUUUUCUGUUCUUUUUUUCUCUCUGUGUUAUCAUUUUUAUUUUUUCUUUUGCUUCUUGUUUGUUAGUUCGUCCGGCUUCAACCUUUUGAUUGUUCCGUAAAAGAUUCCUUUUCGAAUUUUCAUCAAUCUCCCAUUUGGGUUUGUUUCUCUCUCAGAUCUUCUUCAGCCUUCGACGUAAUGCCCAACAUUAAUCACACCCACAUUCUCAUUCCUCUUUCCCCUUUCCCAUUUCAUUUUUCAUACUAAAAUCCUCAAACAAAUCCUUCUAUUCUCAUUCUGAUUCUUCUUUUUGCUUCAAUUCUUCUUUUAGAUCUCCCAGGCUCUGUUUUUGAUCUUACCCAUGUCGAAAGCUGGAGCGUUGGAUCUUGCAUCGGGCCUUGGCGGCAAGUUGGACAAGAACGAGGUCCUUUCCGCCGUUGAAAAGGCAUUCUAGGAUUGUGUACAAUGCUGUGCGCUGUGAUAUGUAGUGCGAGUGGGAAAAUUGUGUACGAGAAGUACCAUGUUUGUUAUGGAGGUGAAGAGGAGGAGAGGAAAGCUAACUACACUGACAUGGUUAAUAAAUACUAUGAUCUUGUUACGAGCUUUUAUGAGUUCGGUUGGGGCGAGUCGUUCCAUUUUGCACCUAGAUGGAAAGGUGAAUCUCUGCGGGAGAGCAUUAAAAGGCAUGAGCACUUCCUUGCUUUGCAAUUAGGUUUGAAACCUGGAUAUAAGGUGUUGGAUGUUGGAUGUGGAAUUGGUGGACCACUUAGAGAAAUUGCGAGAUUUAGUUCUACUUCAGUUACUGGAUUGAACAACAACGAGUACCAGAUUUCAAGAGGAAAGGAAUUGAAUCGCGUUGCAAAAGUAGACAAGACUUGUGACUUUAUCAAGGCUGACUUCAUGAAAAUGCCAUUUCCUGACAAUUCAUUUGAUGCAGUAUAUGCAAUUGAAGCUACUUGUCAUGCACCAGACGCAUAUGGGUGCUACAAGGAGAUUUAUAGGGUACUAAAGCCCGGCCAACAUUUCGCUGCUUAUGAAUGGUGUAUGACUGAUGCUUUUGAUCCAAAUAAUCAAGAACAUCAAAAGAUAAAGGCAGAAAUUGAGAUUGGUGAUGGUCUUCCAGAUAUCAGGUUGACAGGAAAAUGCCUUGAAGCUUUAAAAGAAGCAGGCUUUGAGAUUCUUUGGGAGAAAGAUCUUGCUGUAAAUUCGCCUCUUCCUUGGUACUUGCCUUUAGACAAAAGCCAUUUCUCAUUGAGUAGCUUCCGUCUAACAGCCCUUGGUCGUUUCAUUACUAAAAAUAUGGUCAAAGUAUUGGAGUUCGUUCGUCUUGCCCCCAAGGGUAGCCAAAGAGUUCAAGACUUUCUAGAGAAAGCUGCUGAAGGGCUCGUUGAGGGUGGAAAGAAAGAGAUAUUUACACCAAUGUAUUUCUUCUUGGCGCGGAAGCCACUUUCAGCCAGUGAGUAGUUUGAAAAAUGCAUAGCAACUUUUUUGCUGCUGCUACAACUCACUUAUGGAGUUUUUGCAGUCAUCCUGAAGAAUAUGUUUUUGGCUUAAUUUAACCAUUCUAUAGCUUCUUCUUUUUUUCCUUUUUUCUUUUCCUUUUCCUUUAUGGUGUGGGGGGUAAAGUUGCCUUUUGCUUUUCUGGAAUUAGUUUUAAGUGGGUCAUCUUGGUUCCUAGGGAGAUGAUUAGUCGGAGCCCUUCUGCUUUCAAUUUUCUUGUUUGUUAUGUUUAUGCAAUAAAUGAGUUUCUUUCUGAUCUUAUGUAGGAUGUCGUUCUUCUUUUGGCAAUCUUGAUUUUCAUUUGUUUUAUAAAAUGGUUUUCUGCCA